AAAAUCCAUACUAACAGAAACAACCUACAAAUAAUCCUAAUCUCUCUCUGUCUUUCUUUUUCGUUCCCACACGUUUCUACAACAGAGCUUCUCGACCUCACCUUCCGAGAAACGACUCAAUUAUUGUUUCUUUACGAUUGAUUUCUAUUAGGGCUUUUAUCCUCCCCCAUCUCCUCUGCGGAUUCGUGUGGGUUUUUAGUCGUUUGCCGCCUUCUUCUCGUUCUUAUUUCAUGAAUUUCAGAUCAGACUACCUCUUGGUUUCGUUCCUAUUUGAGGUCUCUGUCUUCCGUUUUCCUCCGUUGUGGGCUGGUUAGUUGAUUGCUUUUUCUAGUUGAUUUCUCGGUGUUCCUCGGAUUUUUGUUGUUAUGUGGUAUGUAAGGAAUUUGGUGGGUAUGUAAGGAAUUGUAAGGAUAGAAGAGGUUAUGAGAUUUAGACGUGAAACUGGUUUAAAGAAGAUAUGGAGCUUAAGGGGACCUUUGUCCCUCAAUUUCGAGUCCCACUCCCUCGAUUAACGCGGGUGCUUGUCAGAAGGACCAAACGGAGUCCGCUUAUCUGCUUCGAUAGAGCUUCGUCUUCAUUCGGGGAGACAUUUCCUUUGUCAUACCGUAGAUGGAAGCCUCUUGAAGUCCAUUGCAAUAACAGCUCCCAAAGUAUCCAGCAGUCAUCAGUUUCUAACAAUGAAAGCUCAAGGCUGCCUGAACUCUCAUUUGACCGUUUACAGCUGAGUGACCGGGAAAUUUCUGGACUGCAAAAACGAGCCUUCAGUCGAUUUAUUUGUCGUGGAGCUGUAUUGGAUGAGGAAUACUGGACAGCAGCUUGGCUGCGGGCUGAAGCGCAUUGGGAAUCUUUAUCUUAUAUGAGGCACGUGGACAACCACAAAAGGAAGUAUGCUGAACAGGAAUUCUAUGCUUUGAAACGCCGUUGUACUGGGCGGGAUGGAAACUCACUGAAGUGUGUGUGCAUUGUCACAGUUAAAAAGGAAGAUAAAAAUGUAAGACGCACUGUCUUGAGUAGUGUUGUGGGAACUCUGGAUGUAAGCAUACGGCAAUUCUUUCGAGGAGAAACGUUUCCAGGGGAACUCAAAAGAUCUAUGCCGUUCCUUGCAAGUCAUGAGGCCUAUGAUGCAAAUAAAUAUGCUUACAUUGCAAAUGUUUGCGUGUCAAAAUUUGCUCGGAGACAGGGGAUUGCAUCUAAUAUGCUUUACUUAGCUAUUGAUGUUGCAACUGUUGCAGGCAUGAAGCAACUAUUUGUUCAUGUAAAUGCUGAUAAUAAACCUGCCCAAGAACUGUACAAAAAGACUGGUUUCGAGAUGGUAGAAGCUGCAUCAUGUCAUUUGUCAAAAGAUCAGAGACUUCUCAUGUGUAUGGAAUUGUAGUUAGCUACUCGCAGAUUCAUCCCAAUACUCGGGUUAUAUUUGUGAAUAUGUGUUGCUAAAUGUAAUUUUUGUACUUUUGUACCCAAAUAGUCUUAUGUUGUCUCAAGCAAUAUUUCUCUAUCUUCUUUUUGUUACUUUGUGUUUGUGUAAACCAAUAUCUUGUUGGUUUCCUCUUAUAUGUUUGGACGAGAGUUCUUGAACUGUAAAAGAAGAGAUUCCAAAAGAUUGUAAACUAACAUUGACAUCUACUUAAUUGAUAUCAGCUUGAAAAGCAGA